AGAAAGCUUGGCUGAGCCGCCGCGCCAGCGCAGAGAGGCACGGAGACGCAGCUGAGAGCAUCAAAGCGACUUCAUCUGCAAACAUAUCAAUAAUACUACUUUUAUUUUUAAACAGGGACACACCUGCAGGGGGGGAAAAAAAACUAUCAGAGGAGUUAUUGCUUUGCUGCACGGACAUAAAAUGAAAGGGUUACCUGGCUUUAUUUUGGAUUUGGAGUCUUUUAUUAUUACACCGCCACGACUUUGACACGAGAGUUGCCCAGUCUUUGGAGUUGUCUGUUGGACGAAUCUGAAGGCACCCCGAAUACAACUGCCAGGAACUGCUCAGGGAGUAAACUCAGACACCAACCUACUGUUCUCAUUGGAAAGGAACACACAAACCACUGCCACCAUGGAGGACGAACAGUGCUACUACAACGAGACCAUCGCCUUCUUCUACAACCGCAGUGGCAAGUACCUCGCGACUGACUGGAACACCGUAAGCAAGCUAGUGAUGGGCCUGGGCAUCACCGUGUGCAUCUUCAUCAUGCUAGCCAACCUUCUGGUGAUGAUCGCCAUCUACGUCAACAGAAGAUUUCACUUCCCCAUCUACUACCUGAUGGCCAACCUGGCAGCUGCUGACUUCUUCGCCGGACUGGCCUACUUCUACCUAAUGUUCAACACGGGACCCAACACGAGGCGUCUGACUGUGUCAACGUGGCUGCUGCGGCAGGGCUUGAUCGAUACCAGCCUUACGGCGUCUGUCGCCAACCUGCUCGCCAUCGCCAUCGAGCGCCACAUCACCGUGUUCCGCAUGCAGCUACACACGCGCAUGAGUAACCGCCGUGUGGUGGUGGUGAUUGUCAUAAUAUGGACAAUGUCUAUAGUCAUGGGGGCCAUCCCUAGCUUGGGCUGGAACUGUAUCUGUAGUCUUAAGUCUUGUUCCAACAUGGCGCCGCUUUACAGCAACUCCUACCUUAUCUUCUGGGCGGUGUUUAACCUUGUGACUUUUGUUGUUAUGGUGACGCUAUACGCCCACAUCUUUGUCUAUGUGCGCCAGAGGACCAUGAGGAUGUCGCGGCACAGCUCCGGACAACGACGCAACCGAGACACCAUGAUGUCUCUGCUGAAGACCGUGGCGAUUGUGUUGGGUGCGUUCAUCGUCUGUUGGACCCCCGGCCUCGUAAUCCUCCUCCUCGACGUCUUUUGCGCCAACUGCAACGUCCUCACCUACGAAAAGUUCUUCCUGCUUCUCGCCGAGUUCAACUCAGCCAUGAACCCCAUCAUCUACUCGUACCGUGACAAGGAGAUGAGUGCCACCUUCAGGCAGAUCCUGUGCUGUCAGCGGCAGGAGAACGUCAAUGGCACAGUGGCUGAGGGAUCUGACCGCUCGGCGUCGUCCGUCAACCACACGGUGCUGAGCGGCAGUUCGCACCCCCACCAUCACCACCGGAACCACAACAACGAACACUCGGUGGUAUAAAGAAGCACUGGGGAUGGCGGCGAUUAAUCAAAGGGGUUAAUCUUAUUUAGAAAAACUGACUGAAAGAAGGUAAAGGGCAGCAUGGGAAGGUCUAGAAGGACUUCGUAUGAACUCAAGACGGUAACGUGAUAGGUGGAGGAGAGUUAAUGAAGACCUGGAUGAUAUCACAAUGAAGAAAAGGGCAAUUACGAAGAAAGAAGAUAAGACUUUAAUGCUGUGGGGAGAAAGAAAAAGUGUGGGGUCUAAUCUUUGAGGCUGUUAGUAUUUUUUUGUUUAGAUGUUAUUUUCUAUUUGUUUUAAGUCUGUUGAUAAGGACAACGCUGAUAUGAACUAUUUAAAAGUAAUCUGUGAAAUGAAGGUAAUGCCAGUAAUCUAAUCUUCUCUAACUGUGUAUCCUGUAGCCUUAUGUUUUAGACUUUAUUCCCCCCCUUGAUCCCCAUUUUUAAAUUCCAUUAGACAUGUUCCGUACAAACAGCACGACACCACUGUCAGAGUUUCCUUCACAUCCUUUUACGGAUUCAGUUUGGGUCUGAACCCUUUCUUUUUCUUCUUAUGUUUUUCGGAGAAAGCUUUUCAAAUGUUGGGAAAUUCAAACCAACACAGUUUUGUGAUCAUAACGUUUAACUGAAUGUACAUUUUGCAACUUCACCUUUUUUUUGAUGAACAUUUGGAAUGUUAAGGUUGGUUUCUAGAUACAUUUCCAUUAAAGGAAAGUUAAAACAGUUUUGGAACGUCCUGCUGAUUCUGCUAAAAAAAAGAUAUAUCAACACAUGCUCAACAAGUUCAGCAAUUUACAAAAUGUCCAUGAGGGAUUGUUUACAGAGCCACUACUCAUUACUUAUCUUCUAAUGAAAGUGACCUUACAACCUAAAUACGUUGAGGACUCAAAUUCUACUGAUCUUCUUGUCCUACUAUUGCUUUGGUGAAUCAGGUUUAUUCCUUUUAUUCCAAUUUAAAUAAACAAGGGGUCCAGAAUAUGUCAUUUAUUCCCUCUAAGGAGUUAGAGACAAGUUGUUCCAGGGAUCUAACCAAAAAUGGAAGGAGGAUGUUUGUGGAUUUUAGAGCAGUGUUAUGUGGAGACAAGGUGAAGGUCAUUUCUGGUGAGCAUUAACAGACUUCAGAUCGUGACAUGAAAUGUGCUGAGCUGUCUGACUUGCAUGGUUUUAUCAAGGGUCUCUGUGUCCGUGAGGCUGACUGAGGAAAUAGUUUGGGGUGGGGGGGGGGGGUUAAGUGAAUGUUAGAAGCAGUGUUUAUGUUUAAUUGCCCUCUGGUGGAAUGGGAAGGAUCUGUGAAACUGAAAAUGUAUGUAAAUGUUCAACAAAGUUAAUCGUGACAAGAUCGGCCAUUCCAUCUUUAUAGCAUGAACUGGAAGAUACAAUGGAUGUUGAUGGAUGUAUGCCUGCACAAAUUAUUAGUUUGUUAAUCAAUUUUGCCACCGAUUAUGCAGUAGUAGCCAGUUUUACUGAAAACACUAACCUCCAAAGGCAUUCCAUAUUGUAGUUACAUUUCAGUCUGGUGGACUCACCCACAAAAUAACCAACAAAUAGCAUUGUCUUUCAUGGCGCCACACUGCAAGCACAUUAACCAUUUUACAGUUUAAACUAAUGGCCUAUCACGUUGACUUAGACUGUACAAAUGGAAAUGGACCAGUGAGUGGUCAAUGAGAAAUCGACCUUACUUACCACAAUUGUUUUUAUUACGUUAGUCAACAUUUCUCUAAAGUGUGAAUGGUCUCAAUUGCUAGUUUAGAGUCUUCUUGAUUUAAUUUGACUUUGUAAAUGAUAGUCCCAUUUAGGGUGAAAGAGACAGGGGCUUCUUUAGAGGGUCGUUACAUUGUGAUAGACACGUUUCUUCCAUGGCAAUCAAACAGGAUAAAGGCAUUGCAAAGCACUUCUGCUUCCAAAAACCAAGAUGGCGAUGGCCAAAUGCAUAGUUCAGAAACUAUUGGUGACGCCACAGAGUCUAUUUCUACUUCUUUUAUGCAGUCUUUGAUCAGAGUUCACCAUGAGCGUUAAUCAGAUUUACUUACGACCCGAGAAGUUCAUUUUAAGUAUUCAACUAUGAAAAUAUCUUUACUAUUAAACAGAACCUCAAUUUCACGCACACAUGUCUUGCUGAAACAGUGUUAUCGGUGAUAUGAAGUAAUACAAAUGUCCAUCUAUAUAUGAUGUUUUAUUUAUGUCAUUAUGAGAUAGUCGGGAGAGUCACCAUGUCACCUGAGAUGUUUAUUAUCAGUGUCCCUCUGCACGGCACAUGGCAUCUUAUUGGGUAAUUAAGUUGGCACAUAUUUUAGAUUGGACUCGUCUUGUUUACCCUCACAACUUAAGGAAAUGUUUACCAUCCCAAGACAUUAAGUAUUUUACGCAGGAGUACUGACAACAAUAAGGUAUCCCAGUUUACUCUUAGGGCCAAUGCGGUUUUAAAUGGUGAUAUCUUAUUAGAGUAUGCUGAUGCUAUGACGUUCACUGUUAAAAAUCACCAGCUGAAUGUUUUGCUGUGACUUGCAUGAAAAUGCAUUUUGGCCAAAAAACACAGACGAAGCUCCAAACAACCUGACAGAAAAGUGAGCAUCACAGCCAAAAACAGUCAAAGGUUUUCCAGGAAGCAAGAUGUUUGUCGGGGUCUCUUCAGCAGCAUUGCUUAGAUUAGGUCAGCUGGAAGUUUUGCCUUUCAAAUCUGGCCCAAAUGCUUUCUUUUUUUAACGGGUUCCUCGUCAAGAGUUUAGGUUGUAUUUUAGUUCCGCGAAUCCUGGGUGUGAAGUGGAUUCCUGUCUCCUUGUAAAUAAUUGUUUGAGUGUUUUUCGCCAUGCUCUAGAAAAGUUCUAAGGAAACAUUAUUAGAUAUUUACUUAUCGGACAAUUAAUUCCUUGAGAAAUGCCUUUGAGUUUGCCCAACCUUAACUUCACAACAGGCCUCACAAGAAUUGGCAGUGCAGCAGUACCAAGCCAACCCGGUUUUUCAACCCAAAUUCAGGUUGUAUAGCAAACCAACAAAACCUUCUUUCUAUUUUCUUGUUUACUAGUGUCUCACUCUUUUUACACCUUUGUAAGUUUGUGUGUACAGUAUGUAUGUAUAUAAAAUAUAUUAUCCAGAGUUAAUCACCAAAGGGAAAGUGUUUUUCUGUUUGUAAAUUUAAGUGUGUUAUAAUCUGUCCAAAUGUACUGUAGGAUUUUGGUUUUUUUAUGUCAUGAACUUUGUUUUUAUUGUGACCCUUAACAAUGCAUUUCCUGUUGACACUAUUACAAUUAUUAACAUGUUUGUGAAUCCAGAUACAGGGAUAUAAAUGUGUGCAGUGCCUUCCAGUUGUCCUCCAACAUUAACUAAACACCAAAGGAGUAUUUUACCGCCCUCUCUGGUUGAAAGUAGUUGUUGCACCUGUAACCACGCCCAACAUUGAUGUCAUAGUGUCCCUUAAACUUUAGUCACACAAUUGCCUCAUAGUACAAUAAAUGUGAAUGUGAAUCUUAAAACAAUAUUUCCCUUUUGCUGAAUGUUGGAUGCGUAUUUUUUGGAGGAUAAUUAAAUAACAAAAUACAGCUUCAAAUUAUAACUGAGAAGGAUUUCAUCCAACAAUAGUAGGUUAACAUUGUAACUUGUUUAUGGGGACACUAAUUGAGGCUUAAAUUAAAUGUAUCUAUUUUGUCUUUUCAUUUAACAAGCAGGUGUUGUCAAUAUAUUACCAAAAAAGUGUUCAUCCCAAAGUGUAUACAUUGAAUGAUUUAGAAUAUGAAGAGCCAUGGCCGAUCUUCCUAACGUAGGGUCUGAAACAUUUUAUUCUUACAACAUUGUGGUGAAAAUUUGCCAAGCCUUGAAUCUAAAAAAUCAUGUUCAAGUAGGUUUGUUAAAAGUAAUCCUGAAACAGAUGUUAAUGUAAUGUCCAUACUAUCUAUACUGUACUGUCCACUAUCAAUGAAUGUCCAAAGUCAUAGUGUUGAUGUCAAAGCAACAAUAAAAACAUGAGAAAUGUU